AUGCUGCGAAUCGCCGUUGCUCGGAGCGCGGGCCUCCAGCAAGGCGUCCGUCUGGGUCUGCGUCGCCAAUGGCAGCCCGCGCAGAUGCUCGUGAGAGGCUACGCCGACGAACGACCCACCGACAAGACAGUCUUGCCUGGCAUUCAGACUGGUACUGUCGCUGGUGUUCCCCAAGCACCGAUCGAGGCCACCGCAACCCAUAAUCCCACGCAGACCAACAUGUCGCCCAACGAACCGCCCAAACCCCCGCCAACGCCGCCGACACCCGCCGAAGUCAAGUCAAACGCACCGGCUCCCUCUACAAACACUGGCAAUCUUCCCCCAACAGGUACUGGCACUGCGAAGACCGGCCCAUCCUCUGCGCCACCACCACCGCCAAAGAAGCGCCGCCGAUUCCGAUCCCUCUUCUUGACUCUGAUACUACUUUCUGCGCUGGGGUACGCUGGCGGCGUUUACUAUUCGCUUGUCAAUGACAAUUUCCACGACUUCUUCACCGAAUACGUUCCAUUCGGCGAGGAUGCCGUAGCCUAUUUUGAAGAGCGAGAAUACCGUAGACGUUUCCCAGCACGCGAAAUUCAAGGCAGGACAUGGCCCCAGACUCGCGGCGAGAACAAGGUCACAAUCGCACGUCAAAGCGGCGUCAAUCCUCGUGUAGCGGAUGAAAACGACAAUGCGGGCGCGGACUUGGCCCAGAAGGGCAGACAUACCAGCGCGGUGGAGGAUAACAAGGCCAAGCCUGCAGAGUCGAAGAAGCCGGAACCAACGAAGGGAGAGAAGCCUGAGGUCACCCACAAACUGUUGCCCAAGAAGGAUGAGAAACCAGUCAUCGCCUCUGCAGAGCCUAAGCCAACUCCCCCGGCCGCAUCUCUAGUGGACAACCAGAACAUUGCGGAGGGACAAGAACGUGCUGUGCAAGAGCUGGUCAAGCUGGUCAACAACAUCAUCACUGCAGUCAAUGCGUCGCCGGAGGCACCCAAAUACGCCAACACCAUUGCUUCUGCAAAGACCGACUUGGACAAGGUUAUUGGCGAGAUCAAGAUUCUGCGGGAUCAAACUGCUCAGGAAGCCGACACUCAGAUCAAGAACGCGCAUCUCGAAUUCGAUAAUGCCGCAAAAGAGCUAGUGCGGCGGCUGGAAAGUGAAAUGCGCGAACAAGAGACCAGAUGGCGAGAAGAAUAUGAGCAGGAACGCGAGACGCUCAGCACGAGUUAUCAGCAAAAGCUCUCUGCCGAACUUGAUGCCGCAAAGAAGGUGUUGGAGCAAAAGAACCAGAACGCUCUGCUGGAGCAAGAGAUCUCGCUUCAGAAGAAGUUCGUGGACAGUGUCAAGGCCAAAGUCGAGGAGGAGCGCAGUGGCCGUCUGGCCGAGCUUGACGAACUCUCCAGCAAUGUUGAAGAGCUUGAGAAGCUUACCUCACAGUGGAACGAGGUCGUCGAUACUACCCUGCAGACCCAGCACUUGCAAGUGGCUCUUGAGGCUCUACGAGCCAAGCUGCAAGAAACAGAUCACCCAACGCCAUUCAUCAACGAGCUCGUUGCCCUUAAGGAGGUCAGCAAGAACGACGAAGUUGUCAGCGCUGCUAUUGCUUCGAUAAAUCCUGCAGCCUACCAGCGAGGUGUCCCAUCAGCUGCAUCGCUCAUCGACCGAUUCAGGAGAGUGGCAACUGAAGUGCGAAAAGCCUCUCUUCUCCCUGAAGAUGCCGGUGUUGCCAGUCAUGCCGCAAGCGCUGUUCUUUCAAGGCUUAUGUUCCAGAAGAAGAGCGAUCGUGGACUGCCUGAGGGUGAUGAUGUCGAGGCUACGCUGGCGCGAACAGAAGUCUUGCUCGAGGAAGGAGACUUGGAUGCUGCGGCGCGAGAGAUGAACGGGCUCAAGGGCUGGGCCGGUGUGCUUUCGCGGGAUUGGGUCACCGAAUGCAGGAGGGUGCUGGAAGUCAGGCAAGCUGUUGAUGUCAUUGCAACCGAAGCCCGACUUAAAAGCUUGCUCGUGGAUUAG